AUGGCUGCUGCCUCUAAAGGCUUCCUUUAUCAGCUUAUUGGAAAAGACUUCCCAGUUCUGGACAGAUUUACAGCUCAAAUAAGCACCAGGAACAAAUUAACUGCCAAGAGCUGUCCUCUCCAUGAUGCUGUUGAUAGCCGUGUUAAGGUGGAAGAGGCCUUGGAAGCUGUCAAAAAUGCUACAAAUGAACAAGACCUUGCAAAUCACUUUAAAGAAUUUGGCAAAGCAAUGGUGAAACUGAACUAUGUAGCAGCAAGAAGACAACAGGAUCUGAAGGACCCUCACUGUCGGAAUGAGAUGGCAGCCGUCCGAGGGGCUCUAAAGAAGAAUGCCACAAUGCUGUACACAGCCUCCCAAGCGUUUCUCCGCCACCCAGAUGUUGCUGCCACCAGAGCCAACCGAGAUUAUGUGUUUAAACAAGUCCAGGAAGCCAUUGCUGGCAUCUCCAAUGCUGCUCAAGCUACCUCGCCCACCGAUGAAGCCAAAGGCCACACAGGCAUCGGUGAGCUGGCUGCAGUCCUGAAUGAGUUUGAUGUAAGUGUCCCAGUGGUGCACACAGAGGAGUAUACACUUGCAUUGAAAAAAAUGAUUUGGGGAUGA